UUGCGGUGUAAUGCAAUUUUUUGAAAAGCUUAUAGGAAAAGACCAAAACAACCUAGGAUAUUCUCUGGAAGCUUCUUUAUCAAGUGGUGACAAAACUUUUAUUUGGAAACUUUAUCGUGGCAAGAACAAGGAGACCAAAGAAGCAGCUCUUGUAUUUGUGCACCAAGUCGCAAAAGAGAAUGGUAACAAGUCUUUGCGAAGCUUGGCAAAGAAUGGUUUGCAGAGGCUUAAAACUCUUAGACAUCCAAAUAUCUUGAAGUUUUACAACGCUGUUGAGUCGGAAAAUAGCAUUUCGUUUGCUACUGAAGAAGCUUUUCCUUUCUAUGAAUAUAUUCAACGUUACGGACCAAUGUCCAUAGAUACUUUAUGUUGGGGUGUCUUUUGUUUGGCUAGAGCGUUGGAGUUUAUUCACAGCGACUGUAAACUCGUCCAUGGAAACAUAUCCCCAGCUUCUAUCUUUAUAACACCGGGUGGAGACUGGAAGCUGGGAUCGUUUGAAGCUUCAGUUAGUGAUCUAUCGUUGUUACGGGAGACUGUGUUUCUUCGAGAUGAGAAGUAUUGUUCACCAGAACUUCUUAAGCAACAAUGGAACGUUUUAAGCAAAGCCCCACUAUAUUCUGUAGACUCAUGGGCUUUUGGUUGCUUUAUUCAAGAAAUUUUCAGCGGAACUUUGCGUUCUGCGGAACAGUUGAAGAAAGUGGACGUCAUACCCAAGGAUUUAGUUUUUGAUUAUCAGAAACUAUUAUCUUCGAAUCCUUCCUCUAGACUCGCACCAGGAAAGUUGUUGGAAAACAAGUGCUUGCAGAGUAACUCUUUUGUGAAUAUGAAUUUGUUUCUCGAAAACUUUGAACUUGAGGAAUCUUUAGAAAAGAAUAAUUUCCUGCAGAAGAUCAUGGAUAUGGUUGAACAGGUUCCGAGUAAUUAUCUUCGGUUUAAGCUUUUACCAGUACUUUGCACAAGUAUGGAAUGUGGAAGUGGAGGAACUUCGGUUCUGAACUGUAUAUCUGCAAUAUUUAAUCGAAUAGCUGACGACAACUGCAAACAAGAGUUAGUCCGUCAACACGUUGUCAAGUGGUUUGCGAACGUAAAACUGGAAAAUCGAGUUGUUCGGACUGAUUUGGUGAAUAAGAUGGAGUUGUUUGCACCUUUCAUGGAUAGAGAAAGCGUUAACAAGAUCGUUUUUCCAUUCAUUUGUCAAAAUUUAAAGGAUCUUGGUUCACCAGCCCUUCGAGAUAACUCUAUAAAAGCGGUUAUACAUAUUGUUGACGUAUUAGAUGGCAAACAGUUGAAUUCCGUGCUUAUGGGUCAUCUUGCAAAAGUUCAAUUAGAUCGUGAACCAGCUAUAAGGGCCAAUACAACAGUUUGUCUUGGGAAAAUUGCUAAUCAUUUGUCAGAGUCAACUAAGAAAAAAGUCUUAAUUCCGGCCUUUACGAGAUCUUUGAAGGAUCCUUUUCCACCAGCACGAGUUGCAGGCCUCGUUUCUUUAAUCAAAACAGCACAGAAUUACCAACCAGCAGAUAUGGCGACGAGAAUUCUACCAGCAGUAGUUCCUUGUCUUGUAGAUGACGACAAUGAGACUAGAACGCAAGCAUUUGAGUGUUUAGAAUUUUUUGUAGAGAAGAUUCGGCAACUUCACGAGCAAAUGUUAAGAGGAACUGCGAAUUCGACUGCCACUGAGACGAAUACGCGCAAUGAUAUGGACAAAGCCAAGCCAGCUUCAGAAUCCACAAAAAGUUCCGGAUGGAAUUUCACAUCUUUGGCUGCGUCGUUAGCAAUGCAACUUUCCGAAAGCAUUGUAGACGCACAUGCUACACAGCAACCAUCCACUUAUAACAAGUAUUAUCAAACAAGUUUCGAACAACACGAGCAAGAAAUGACACGAGCUGUACAGGCAGAAGGUUCCUCUCCACCUAUUUUAUCGAGAGAAAAGGAAACAAGAAGCAGCCAGAAUGAAGAAUCAGAUAAUUGGGAUCUUCUAAUAGACUUUUCUGAACCACUUCCUUAUCAUAAUGAGAGUACUGGAAACACAAGUGACUUGCAGAAAACAAAAAAUAUCAUCGGAAGCAAACCCAACUCAAGUACUUCAAGUGUAAGAGUUUCAACUUGUAAUAUCAAACCGGCUACGACAACAUUCAACAACACCACAAGACUUCGUCCAAUAGGGAGCUCAUUGGACCAGAUAGUAAGCGAGUCUAGUCGCUCCAGAAGAAAGCAACCGAAAGAGAAAGAAGAAGACGAUGAUUGGAGUGCUUUAUUAGGAGGACCUGAUAUUCCUUCUCGACGAAACGUAAAAUAGUCCGACUGGAAUCUUCCUUCGCC